AUGAUCACGAAUCGCAUUGCGGCCCCGCCGCCCCACUACAGCGGCCCCGCCGCCCUCACGUCGCGGCCCGCCCGCCACCCUACCUGCGGCCCGCCCGCCGCCCUACCUGCGGCCCGCCCGCCACCCUACCUGCGGCCCGCCCGCCGCCCUACCUGCGGCCCGCCCGCCGCCCUACCUGCGGCCCGCCCGCCGCCCUACCUGCGGCCCGCCCGCCGCCCUACUUGCGGCCCUACCGCCGCCCUCCCUGCGGCCCGCCCGCCGCCCUACUUGCGGCCCUACCGCCGCCCUACCUGCGGCCCGCCCGCCGCCCUCCUUGCGGCCCUACCGCCGCCCAACCUGCGGCCCUACCGCCGCCCUACCUGCGGGAGCCGCCUAGCAGCAGAACCGCCGGGAGCCAAGCCGCCCUGCCGCCGAGCCGCCCGGGAGCCGAGCCGCCCUGCAGCCGAGCCGCCCGGGAGCCGAGCCGCCCUGCCGCCGAGCCGCCCGGGAGCCGAGCCGCACUGCCGCCGAGCCGCCCAACAGCCGAGCCGCCCAGCAGCCGAGCCGCCCUGCCGCCGAGCCGCUGAGCAGCCGAGCCGCCCUACUGCCGAGCCGCCCGACCUGCCCUGUCCGGGUCGAGCCAUUGACUUUGAGGUCUGGGUCGACGACCUGCAGCUGUUCUUACAGUGCGAUAGGGCGGACGGUCUUUCCCUCUUUGACCUCACCUCUGGCGCCUCUCCUGCCCCUGCUACUGAUGCUGACCCCACUGUUCGCUCUCAGUGGGCCACCCGCGAUGCUGCUGCACGUCUUGCUGUGCGUCGCCACCUGCCUACCACUGAGCGCGCGCACUUUAGUCAGUACAAGAGUGCUCAGACCUUGUACGACGCUGUAGUUGCGCGCUACUCUUCCCCUGCCACUGCUGCCCUGAGCCGCCUCAUGCUACCGGACCACUACCUCUCGGUCUGUCCCACCACUCUCACUGUCGACCUCCUCGAGAAGUCCCUCCUGGCGGCGGAGAAGAGCAUCGUCGCUGUAGGAGCCUCUCGUGGUGACCCUCGCACCCCCAUCUUUGAGGGGUGUUCUCCUUCCCCCCUGCUGCCCUCUGUUGCCUCUGCUGCUGCUGCCGACCUGCUUGGUCUUGAGUCGGUCUGCGCGGCGUCUGCCCCUAGCGGGAGACGCCGCCCUGGCAGGGGCAAGGGGGGCAAGGGCGCGGGUGGAGCUGGCGGGGGCGGUGGAGGAGGCGGUGGAGGCGGAGGAGGGAGUGGGGGUGGCGGUGGGAGUGGUGGCGGGGGCGGUGGUGGCGGUGGCAGCAGCGGAGGAGGAGGCGGUGGUGGCGGCAGCGGUGGGAGCGGAGGCAGCGGUGGUGGUGGAGGUGGAGGCAGCGGUGGCGGAGGGGGUGGAGCUGGUCGGGGUGGUGCCCCGCUGCGUAGCGGCCCUGGUGGUGGCCAGCGUCAGCAGCAGCAGCAGCAGCAGCGUUCGCGGGACAUCCCCCCGCCCCAGCAGCUCCGUGAGUGGUACACGCAGCGUCAGCGGGGUGGGGGUUUUGGUCCGUGCACCUACGUCCUUCGUUCCGGUGACCGAGCGGGUGAGCAGUGUGGGGGUGCGCACCCCACUCAGCGCUGCUUUGGCCGCCUGACGGACGCUUGGCGUCAGCAGUUCCCCGAGGCCAGUGAGAUUCCCCGUUGGGGAGAGCUGUCUAGGGCUGGCGUAGCUGUCUUUGAUCUUGACUUUGAUGCUAUCCUUGCUGCCAUGUAUGCUGUGACUAUUAGUGAGGAGGGUGACUGUUACCAGUGUUUCCCGCCCGACCCGGGCAUUGGUACUGCUGCGCCAGGUACUUCUGCGGCUGCUGCUCUAGGUGCCAGUGCGUCUGCACUCUCAGGUACUGGUGAGGCUGCGCUCUCAGGUACUGCGUCGGCUUCGGCCUCCCUCACCUUCACACUUGACUCAGGGGCUUCUCGCUCCUUCUUUCGAGACCGCACCACACUCACGCCGCUUGGCCGGCCGGUUGCAGUCUCCCUGGCUGACCCCUCUGGGGGUCCUGUCCUCUCUCACUUCUCCACUGUCCUCCCGUGUCCGGCUGCCCCCUCGGGCACCUUGUCUGGUCUGUACCUCCCCUCGUUCUCGACGAACUUGGUGAGUGGUGCUGACCUGCAGGAUGCGGGGGUUCACCAGUUUACUCCUGCGAGUCAGCGGGUGACCCACUGCUCGGAUGCCCGCACAGGCCGACACCUGGCCACGUUCUCGCGUCGGCCAGGGUCGAGUCUCUACACACUGACCACUGCGUCUCCUCCUGUCCCUGCGUCUGGCCAGGUAGCUGCGUCGGGUCAGGUGUUUGCUGCUGCGUCCAGGUCUGGUCCUGAGUCUGCCCCCUGCUCGUGUCGCCGCCUGUCUCACGAGACUCUCCUGUGGCACCACCGUCUUGGCCACCCCUCCUUGCUUCGUCUUCGGGGCAUGGCUUCCCGUGUCCUUGUCUCUGGUCUUCCCCGGUCUCUCCCUCCCCUUCCUUCGGGACCCGGACCUUCUUGUGUCCCCUGUGUCGAGGGGCGGCUCCGGGCUGCCCCUCACUCCUCCCAGUUUCCCCCGACAGAGGCUCCUCUGCAGACGCUUCACAUGGACGUGUGGGGCCCCGCCCGCGUCCGUGGGCAGGGUCACGAGCGCUACUUCCUGCUGGUGGUUGACGACUACUCGCGUUACACCACAGUCUUCCCCUUGCGCAGCAAGGGUGAUGUCACUGAGGUGUUGAUCGACUGGAUCCGCGCAGCUCGUCUCCAGCUCAGGAGGAGCUUCGGCUCGGACUUUCCUGUUCUGCGUCUGCACUCUGACCGAGGUGGAGAGUUCUCCUCUGGCCUUCUGCGAGCCUACUGUCGUGCACGAGGCAUCCGCCAGACCUUUACGCUUCCGGACUCUCCACAGCAAAAUGGGAUUGCUGAGCGCCGCAUUGGCAUGGUCAUGGACGUCGCUCGUACGUCCAUGAUGCAUGCGGCUGCCCCCCAUUUUCUGUGGCCGUUUGCGGUUCGGUACGCGGCGCAUCAGAUCAACCUUCACCCCAGGGUCUCCCGGCCGGAGACCUCUCCAGCUCUGCUGUGGACGGGGAAGGUCGGCGAUGCGUCUGCGUUCCGUGUCUGGGGAUCUCGGGCGUUUGUCCAUGACUUGUCUGCGGACAAGCUGUCCCCUCGUGCUGCUCCCUGUGUCUUCCUCGGCUUCCCCCCUGACGCUCCAGGGUGGCAGUUCUACCACCCCUCCUCUCGUCGUGUUCUGUCCUCCCAGGACGUCACGUUCGACGAGUCAGUCCCCUUCUACCGCCUCUUCCCCUACCGCACUCCUUCCCUCCCCCCGCCACCGCACUUCCUUGUGCCAGGUCCCCCCCCGGUAGACCCCCUUCCCCCUCAGGGUCCUGCCCCUUCAGGUGUGUCCCAGGUAGACGCAGUCGAGCCGGUCGAGGUUGCUGGUGACUCUGGUCCUGCUGCGGGUGCUGAGCCUGGGGGUGCUGAGUCUGGGGGUGCUGAGCCUGGGGGUACUGCGACUGGGGGUGCUGAGCCUGGGGGUGCGGAGUCUGGGAGUGCUGAGCCUGGGGGUGCUGCGACUGGGGGUGCUGAGCCUGGGGGUGCGGAGUCUGGGGGUGCUGAGCCGUGGGGUGCUGCUACUGGGGGUGCUGAGCCAGGGGGUGCUGCGUCUGGAGGUGCUGAGCCUGGAGCUGCGGAGCCUGCGGCCACUGGACCUCCCCUUGUGGCGUCUGGCGGUGCGGGACCUGGCGGUUCUCCGGGUGCUUCGCCUCGGCGGGAGCCCCUCUCUCCACAGGAGCUGCGCGAGUGGUUUGCCCGGCGCUGGAGGCGUGCUGCUGGAGCUGGAGGUUCUUCGGCUACUGAGGGUGCUGGUGCCGCGGGUCCCGGAGGUGCUGGAGCUGGAGCUGCUGAGGGUGUUGGCGCUGAGGCUACUGCUGUCGGUCCUGGAGGCGGUCCUGCUGGGGGUGCUACUGGUGCUGCUGGAGGUCCUGGAGCUGGAGGUGCUGCUGGCGCUGGUGCUCCCGCUUGGGGUACUGGUGCUGUCCCUGCUGUGUCUGGAGUCGCCGCGCGGCCUAGACCGUACUUCGUUCCGCUCCUUCAGCAGGUUCUUGGUCUCCCGCCUUCUACUGGUCCUCCUCCUCCCUUAGAGUGUCCACAGCCUGUCCUGUCACAGUUCCAGUUACAGCCGGCCUCCCCACUGCCCGCUCCUUCUCCCUACACUGGUCCUACUGGAGCGUCCUCCUCCUGUCCCUGGCACGCACCGGAUGUCUCUGCGUCCGUCCACUGCUCCUCUGCGUGCCCCUUUGCCUUCUCCUCCUGA